AUGGCUUCAGAUGGGAAAGGUUGUCCUAAAGAUUCUACAAAAGAAUCAAAUACUUUUGGUGUGGAUGACAUUCUGACACAGAUUGGAGAGUUUGGAAAGUUUCAACGAUAUAUUUAUAUUAUAAUUUUUCUAGUGACUAUAUUUCAUAACAUAAUAUCAGUUGGAUUUGUUUUUACUGCGAGCCCAGUUGUUUAUAGAUGUCGGAUUCCAGAAUGUGAUAAAUCGGAAAGUUUGUACGAAAAACCAUGGACAGAUUUUUCGAUACCCAAAACUGCAUCUGGUAAGCUUGAUAAGUGCCAACGUUACAAAGCUUUCAAUUCCUCCAAAGAUGGCCAGCAAUAUUGCAAUGCAGAAAACUAUGAUCAAGAGCUGCAAACAGACUGUGGUCAUGAUUUCAUAUUCCGCGAUAAAGAAGUUACCAUUUCUAAUGAUUUUAAAAUCUUUUGUUCAGACGAAUGGAAGCUUGCAAUGGUUGGGACCAUAAAUAAUCUGGGACAAUUUAUUGGAAUACCUUUGGGUGGACUUAUUUCUGACAGAUAUGGCCGACGUUUGGUCAUAGUGUGUGGAACUUUCAUAAGUGCCGUUUUAGGUACAGCCCGUUCUUUUUCACCAAACUAUACUAUUUUCCUAAUCUUGGGUUUUCUUGACAACUUAUUUGGAUCAAGUCUCUACGCAACCGUAUUCGUUUUGGGGCUGGAAAUUGUUGGUCCUAAGGCUCGAGUUCCCGGUUGUACAUUUAUAGGAAUGUGUACAAGUAUUGGAUCAUUUCUAUUAGCUGUAAUAGCGAAAUAUUUUCACGAUUGGCGUUUAAUUGAGCGGGCAUUCUAUAUUCCUGCUUUAGGAUUUAUAAUACUGCCAUUGAUACUUCCGGAAAGUUUUCGAUGGCUACUUUCCCAAGGCAAAGAAGAUGAAGCUAUUAAAACUCUCCAAAAAGCUGCAAAAAUCAAUAAACGCGAACUUUUUGACUCCAGUAUUCAACAAUUACUUAAAUCUAACUGUCAAAAUGUACAAACUGUCAAAACAGAAGAAAAUAACUCUCCAAUAAUUGCGGCUUUUAAGAUUUUCCCUUGGAGAAUUAUCAAUUGUUCAUUGUGUUGGUUCACAAAUGUUAUGGUCUUUUAUGGACUCAAUUUAAAUUUAGAUCUCCUUGGUGGUGGAGACAAAUACAAUAAUUUUAUGUUUGUUAUAUUGAUUGAAAUACCAGCUUUACUAUUGCCAUUUUUGACCAUUAAUCGUUUCGGUAGACGGUAUUCUAUAUUUGGAUUUAUGUUGUUGAGUGGAGUUUUUAUAACAGUUAUGAAUUAUGUCAGUUCUGAAUUUGUGACUCUACAAUUGAUGCUGUAUCUCUUGGGAAAAAUGACAAUAACGGCAUCAUUUCAAACCUUAUACUUCUUCACAUCAGAAGCAUUCCCAACAAGCGUUCGAAAUAGUUUGUUGUCGUUUUGUUCGAUGGUUGGACGUUUUGGUUCGAUGGUGGCGCCACAAACUCCACUUAUGGCCAAAUACUAUGCAUCAGCACCGGCUCUCCUUUUUGCAAGCUGUGCCAUCUUAUCUGGCUCUUUGGCGUUGUUCCUUCCAGAGACAAAAGACAUAGUUUUGCCAUCAACAUUAGAGGAAGCCGAAAAGAUGGGACAAAAGGAUGCUGAUGUCGAAUCAGAAAUCAAAGAAAAACUUUUAAAAUCAAAAGUUUAG